UUUAAGAAGAUUUUUAAAGAAUCACAGAAUAUGUCGUAUUUGGUUGGCCGCUUCAUAACAGAGGAAGGGAAGCAGAACUUCAAAAACUAUAAAUACGUUUCAGGGGAAUACUCUUCAACAGAUUUGCUACUCAAUCCCUUUUGGGAAUGGACAACAGAGCUGUUUCCGAUGUGGAUGGCGCCUAAUCUCAUAACUUUCAUGGGACUUUUGGCUGCAGUUUUGCCUUGCAUGCUGAUGCUUUAUUAUGAUUUAGGGAAAGCAUAUUUAUCAACUUCUCAGCCACUUCCGGAAUAUACUUACCUUCUUGUAGCUAUUGGGACCUUUGUAUAUCAGACUCUAGACUCAGUUGAUGGAAAGCAAGCGAGAAGAACAGGAAGUAGCUCUCCUCUAGGCCAGCUCUUCGAUCAUGGCUGCGAUUUUGUGUGUUGGGUCUUCUCGAUUAUUGGAGUAAUAGCAUUUCUUGAGCUUGGUCUUUGAUUUAAUGGAGUUCUUGCAAUAUAUUCCACAAUUGGUCCCUUCUUUUUCUUCAACCUCUUGGAAUACUAUAGUGGGGUAUACCACUAUGUGGUCGGAGGUAUUGACGGAACAAGCAGUCAAAUGCUUGUGAUAUUCUUGUAUCUUUUGCCUUUUAUUUUUGGUGCUAAUGUUUAUCAAAGCAAAAUAUCUGAAAUCUUACCUUUUAUGCCCGGUUCUUUGAUAGAAGGGUUUUUGCUAAAAGAUGCUGUAAUUCUGAUUGCUGUAUACAUAGGUGUUGUCUGUUCCAUUCCUUUGAUUUUCAAGACUUUCUCUAGUAUUAAAGAGCCUUACUUAAAACUUAUUGCUGCCCUGCAGACAAUCCAGCACUUGGCGAUUUAUGUAUGCCUGUAUAUGGUUGAUCCGACAAUUCCUUUUAUUAAAGAGAAUGCUAGCUUGGUCUAUCUACUUUUUGGAAUGCUAUUUGCACUGGGAAAUUUCAAGCUGAUCGUUUGACAUAUGGCAAAGAUGCAAUUUGAAAUCGUCUGUUUUGAACUCCUGUUGUUUGUUCCUUAUUUUUAUUUUCAGAGCCAUUACGAUGGAUCAAAACAAAGUGAAGAUAACAUAAAACUAGCGUUUCAUGCUACUUUUUUAGUGAUGUUUAUUAUUGUUGCAAGAUUUACACAGACUAGUAUCACUCAGAUGACUCAAUAUUUGGGAAUUUCUUGCUUUACUAUUGAGAAUAAGAAAAAAACAUCCUAG